AGAAACUGUUAAAAUUAAAUCCUCUUUAUUUAUUUUAUCCUUCUAACCUUACCAGAAAGAAAAAAAAAAUCACUUUUCCUUCGUCCCAUAGGUUCCAUGUGCUCUGGUGUUGGUGCUGGGUUCUAAGCUACAAAAUUUCUUGUUAUUCUGUCCUUUUAAACGUAACUUUCGUUGAAGUUUCUCGUUCUUUAAUGAACUUUAGAAGCAAUAUUUAACCCAUAUUGCCGCUUUGAUUUCUAUCCCUUAUAAGCUUCUCUCUGACGUGUUCUUUCCUUUCCCUUCUUUAUUUAUAUUCUCCCACCCCUUCCCCGCCCGUGUCCACUCUUCAUUCUCCAAGGAAUCUCUCUCUCUUUCUUUCUCUUUUCCCUUUCUCAUUAGUAUUUCUAUUUCACUUCACCAUCCCACUCCACCGUUUCCCCUUCCUUCAAUGCUAUUAUGGCUUCAUCUUCCAUAAAAAACACACACCACCUUAACCGCACAAAACUCUUCAUGGAAGAAGAUACCCUUUUGAAGAAGAAGCGUCACUACCCCAAACUCAUACGAAUACGUGUCACCGACGCCGACGCUACUGACUCUUCCAGCGACGACGACGAGCCCUCGGUGUCCUCCACGCGCCGCCGAGUCAAAUACUUCGUCAACGAGAUUACCAUCCAAGGCGGCGGCGGCGGUGGUGGUUGCGUUAACGUUGUUUCUAGGAAAAGAAGGUUCAAGGCUGGUGCCGGAGCUCCAUCGUGUCGGCGGCGGACGGGGGCGAAGAAGUUCCGGGGAGUGAGGCAGCGGCCGUGGGGGAAGUGGGCGGCGGAGAUUAGGGACCCGUUGCGCCGCGUGCGGCUGUGGCUGGGAACCUACGACACCGCCGAGGAAGCCGCCAUUGUGUACGACAACGCGGCCAUUCAGCUUCGCGGUGCCGACGCGCUCACCAAUUUCGUAACGCCGCCGCGGGAGAACAGAAAAACCGGUUACUGCUCCGGCGAGGAGUCACGGAACAACGACUUGCGUUCCCCCACUUCGGUUCUUGGGUGCCGUUCGGUGUACGAGGAAGCUGAGUCCGUAACCGCAAACGCAACCGGAAACGACGUCGUCGACGAGUCCGUAACAGUAGUCGCAAACGACGUCGUUGGGCCCUCAAGUGAGUGCGAGUAUUCAUGCGUUUCGGAAGAUAGUAAUAAUGAUAAGUUGAAACCGGAGUCAGUGUUUCCUAUUCCAAACGAUGUGGUGUUUGACUUUCAAAGCACGUUAGAUAUGUUUGAUGAAGGGAUUAAUACUAAUAAUAAUAAUAAUGUGGCAGAGAGUAGUAUAUUCUUGGCGGAGGAUUUUGAUUUCAAAGGAAGCUUUGUUAAUGAGAAUUUAGAUUUGGGUUUUACGAGUUGGCAUAGAGAGUGUGAUAAUUUCCAAGACAUUGGGGAUUUGUUUGUUUGGGAUCCUCUUGUCGCUCUUUGAUUGAGACAGGCACCAUUCUCGUCGUCUUUGUAAUUCUAUUGCCAACGAAAAUGGCCCAAGUUUUUGUAUCGGGGGGAAUUCGGGGGUUGCUAUCAGUUUUGUUUCUUUUCUUUGGGGGUUUAGGCAAAAAAAAAAAACCCUUAUUUUUAUUUCGUUUUCGACAUGGGUGGGUGGUAGUAUUUUUUGUAUUUUCUAUUUUAUUCUAGUUCUAGUAUAUGUUUAUUAAGUCACACUAGUUGUAAAACUGUGCGUCCCACGGUGUUGCCUCUUUUUGUUUCUUAAAUAUAUAGUAGUAUAAAAUAACUCUGUCUCAUAAGU